GGGCUUUUAAAUAGCUGGCGGAGUUGCAAAGAUGUGAUAGCCAGAGCCACGUGUUUGUAAGUUACAUUGUGUUUUAUGACUUAAUCUAAAAAGUUGUGUAGUGGUGUCACUUCCAUUGUAUUCUAUUUAUAAAGGUAAUCACAAGGUCACAUUCAGAUUCCAGGGCUUCCAGGCCACAGCAGAGAGCUGGACUGGAAGAGGAGCAACUGGGACUAGAACCCUGCACCCAUGUGGGAUGCCAGUGCCGCAGGUGGAGGAUUAACCGAGUGAGCCACAGCGCUGGCCCAGCUCUGUCUACAUUCUUAAAAAUGGGCAACUUUGAAUCUCAUGCCACCAGACUGUGGUGCACCAUCUAGCAAGAGAACUAAGAAAAUCACAAAGCACAUGUCAGUGAAUCAGCAAUCUCUCGAUCCAGAUAGUACAACAGAUGUGGAAGUUGUUACAGAUACUGAAGAAGAACUUAUUAAAGAAUGUGAAGAAAUGUGGAAAGAAAUGGAAGAAUGUCAGAAUAAAUUAUCACUUAUUGGAACUGAGACACUCACUGAUUCAAAUGCUCAGCUCCCUGCUCCCUGGGAAGGCAGUGGAUGAUGGUUCAAGUGCUUGGGCCCCUGCCGUCUAUGUGGGAGAUCAAGAUGGAGUUCCUGACUCCUGGCUUCAGCCUGAUCCAGACCUGGCUGCUAUUUCACUAUUAAUUAUGCAAGUGAAAUGUUUGACUGCUGAACUCAGUCAGUGGCAAAAAGAAACACCUGAAAUAGCUCCCCUAAAUGACGAUGUUCUGGUAACAUUAGGAAAAGAAGAGUUCCAAAAAUUGCAGCAUGAUCUUGAAAUGGUGCUAUCUACUAUUCAGUCAAAGAAUGAAAAGUUAAAGGAAGACUUAAAAAGAGAGCAGCAGUGGUUGGAUGAACAGCAACAGAUAAUGGAAUCUCUUAAUGUACUACACAGUGAAUUGAAAAAUCAGGUUGUGACAUUUUCUGAAUCAAGAAUCUUUACUGAGCUGAAAACUAAACUGCUUAAUGUAAAAAAGUAUAAGAAGAAACUCUUGAUUACCUUGGGUGAGUUUCUAGAAGACCACUUUCCUCUGCCUGAUGGAAGUGUUAAAAAGAAAAAGAAAAGCAUUCAAGAAUCAACUGCACAGCUGAUAACACUACAUGAAAUAUUAGAGACUCUUAUAAAUAGAUUAUUUGAUGUUCCACAUGAUCCAUAUGUCAAAAUUAGUGAUUCCUUUUGGCCUCCUUAUAUUGAACUGCUGCUGCGUAAUGGAAUUGCCUUGAGACAUCCAGAAGAUCCAACCCAAAUAAGAUUAGAAGCCUUCCAUCAGUAAUAGAAUGGUCUCUUUAACAUAGUAAAGAUUCUUGUCAUUCACUGAUAAUAGAAACACAGGGCAUUUCUAUAAAGAAUAUUAUUUGCAAGUGGAAACACAUAGUCCAUCUUCCUUUUAUCCUUAAAUGAUACAUGCUGCCACCCAUUACUCAUUGUUAAAUGGUCCUUGCUUAGUGCUUUGGCGUUUUAAACUGUAUGGGCAAAAUUGUAAAUAAAAAAUAUCCUAGACUCAUAAAACAUUUAAUAUGCUUUAUAUCAUGCAAUAUUCUUCAGAAAAUCUUUGUUAAUUUAUGAUAUUGCUAAUGUAAUAUUUUUCUUUUAAAAUUUAUGUGUGUAUUUUGAGCUCUACCUGGUACUUAACUCCUUUAUAUUUAGCAGUUGUAAUGCAAAAGUGAUUUAAUUUGCAGAUGGUUUUUAAGUUUGAGUAAUAUUUGUAGAAGGCUACAUAAUUUUAAAUAUUUAGUAAAUUUGUUUCAUGUCUACUGCUUUUUUUUCUAGAUUUGUUAAAAAUUGAAAUUUAAAGAGAUAAUGGGUAAAGAUAGCCUAAAAACUGUAUUUUAAUGUAUAUUGUAUCUCAAAUGACAUAAAUUAAUCCACUCUUGAUUCUACUAAUUAUUACCAACAAAAUUAUGUUCAUAAUGUUUUGUUAAUUUUCUGUAAAUAAAAUUCUAAAUAUCUCUA